AUGAAAGACGGUCCUCGUCCAACAGAACAACCUUCGCAAUUAAACUCUCAAACUCCAUCGAUUCGUACAUUUGAAUUAAAAGAAGAAUGUGGUAUCAACAAUUUACCAAAUCAAAUCAUGGCAAAAGCUAUAUCCGAUGGUUUUGUUUUCAAUAUUCUUUGUGUUGGCGAAACAGCUUGUGGUAAAUCAUCAUUACUCGAUAGUCUAUUUAAUACACGAUUAGAUUCAACACCAGCAACACAUGAAAAUGCACGAGUUUAUUUACGUAAAAGUACUUAUGAUUUAUUUGAACGUGAAAUACGUUUAAAAUUAACUGUUGUUGAAACAGCUGGCUUCGGCGAUCAAAUCAAUAAAGAUGAUUCAUUUAAAAUAAUCGGAGAUUUUAUUGAUGAACAAUUUCAAGCCUAUUUAGAUGAAGAACUUAAAAUAAAACGAAAUCUAUCGAGUUAUCAUGAUACACGUAUUCAUGUUUGUUUAUAUUUUAUAAAUCCGACUGGUCAUUCAUUGAAAGCACUUGAUUUAGUUACUAUGAAACAUUUAGAUAGUAAAGUUAAUAUAAUACCAAUUAUAGCAAAAUCUGAUACAAUAUCAAAAAAUGAAUUACAACGAUUUAAACAAAAUAUUCUUAAUGAGCUUAAUGUAGCUGGUGUUAAAAUCUAUCGUUUCCCAACCGAUGAUGAAACAUUAGCCGAAGAUAAUCUUAAAGCUAAUAAUCUUCUUCCGUUAGCUGUUGUUGGAAGUAAUGAAACAGUUAAAGUUGGAACUCAAUAUGUACGAGCUAGACAAUAUCCAUGGGGUGUUGUUCAAGUUGAAAAUGAAAAUCAUUGUGAUUUUAAAAAAUUACGUGAAAGUGUCAUUGAAAAAAAUAUGCUUGAUCUCAUUGAAACGACACAUUCAAAACAUUAUGAAAUUUUUCGACGAACUCGUUUAGCGGAACUUGGUCUUACUGAUAGCAUUGAUGGUAAACAAUUUUCAAUUAGUGAUACACUCGAAAUGAAACACAACGAUCUUCGUAAAGAACUUGAAAAACGCGAACAACAACUCAAAGAAGCAUUCAUUCAAAAAGUAAAAGAUAAAGAAAUCGAAUUAAAAGACGCCGAGAAACAAAUCAAUGAAGAAUUAACUAACAUUAAAAAACAAUAUAAAGACCAAAAAGAUAAGUGUGACGAGAAAUGGCGAAUACUUGAACAAGAAAUCAAUUUUUUUGAACAACGAAAACGUACAAACGUGGGAACCAUAAAAAAAGGCAAUAAAAAGAAAUAA